UCACCAUGAACAGUGUAGGGGAGGCAUGCACAGACAUGAAGCGAGAGUACGACCAGUGCUUCAAUCGCUGGUUUGCCGAGAAGUUCCUCAAGGGGGACGGCUCCGGGGACCCGUGCACCGACCUCUUCAAGCGCUACCAGCAGUGUGUUCAGAAAGCAAUAAAGGAGAAAGAGAUUCCUAUUGAAGGACUGGAGUUCAUGGGCCAUGGCAAAGAAAAACCUGAAAACUCUUCUUGACCUUGACAGCCACCUUGAAAAUCAGGAAAUUGAGGACUCUGGAUUUUGUCGACUAAGGCUGUGAAGAUAACUAUUGGAUUUGAUGAGGCGUUUAGGAGAGAGGAGUUUAUUUCCUCCUUCUUGAUUUGUAAAAGAUGAUGAACCAUUAUUCUUUGCUUUAAGAUGAUUUCUCACUUGCUCUGGUAUCUUGCAGGAACUCAGUGUGCUAAAAUUGAACAGUUUCUUGGGAUUAUGGUUGCAAUACUUGGUCUGGAAUCAGCUUUAAAUAUAUAUUUGAGUACUUCAGAAAGUUCAUGGAAAAAUGGAAUGGAAAUGUAACAGAAUCUUUCCGUGAACUUUCUGAAGACCCCUCAUGUGUAAAUAAUAAUAAUGAUGACGAUAAACUAGUCAGGAUGAUCAGGAUGGCCUGACCUCAUGAUUUUUGCUGCAAAGAACAUUAUGUACACCGUACUGGGGUCACUGUUCAUGAAAGCAAUUGGUUAGGACCUUUUUUUCUCUCAGGGAGCUAAUACCCUGAAAAGGGAUCCAGGCACAACAGUUUCAAUCAAUGCUUGGGAGCACAGUUUUAUUUUUAUAUAGUAAAUAACAGUUAAGAUUUCUGGUGGCCUGGGUUGGCCAAGAGGAAGACAGCUUUUAACAGACAGUUCCCUGCCUUAACAAGAGUUGUCAGAUUAAGAGGUGAAAGCUUCAAGAAUUUUGCACUGAACACCAUUUCAGAGCUCACAGUGUAGAAUUCAGGAAUUAAAAUAUUUGAAGUAGCUAUGGAGGAAGAACCUAAAUUGGAAAGAUUUGCUGUUGCCAGCUUUCAACCCAAGUCAAUGAAUUAAGUCAACCUGCAUAUCACAAAAAUGCCAAAUGCUGCAUCUGGUUAAAAGGGGUGGGGAGGAGGUGAGUGUGUGUGCUUUAUUUGCCUUGUUUACCCACCCUGCCCUGUAAUGUCUGUAAUCAUGAAGAUGGAAUAAAUUGUAACAGUUUCUAUCAUUA